GGCGUCGUUUCUGCCGCUGCGCGUACUUUUCUUUAGUUUGCUUUCAGGACUGUGCUUUGGUAACCUGCCCUGGGUGGCUUGGAGCGCCCACAGAUUUCUUCCUUUACAGCAGUCCCUCUCCUUUUAGUUCUAGACUGAAGUUAGAGGCACUCAGCAUUUGGCUGAAAUUGAGAUCCAGAUUUUCCAACUUCCUUCGGUGGGAAAAAACCCUAACAGAGGAAAAAAAUGAAUUCUUAGCGUAUGGCCCGCUGUUUAUUUGAAGUUUAUUUUGUCUGAAAAAUGAGAAAGUGUUUUAUGGCACGUUGUUUGCUUUGAUGACACUCGUUAAAUUAGUACACCCUCUCAGGUGACCCCAGUUCUUUUCAUGUCUCUUCAACUGUUUUACCCCUUCGCCUGUUUAUUUCGAACUAGUUUGAGAUAUGGAAGAACCACAUUCUGACAACUCUCCUUAGUACUUAAGUAGGGUAUUCUUAUAUUAGCAGGCUUUCCCAAAUUAAUCCUAGUUUCUAGUUGUAAAUUUCACCUAAGGUCUUACAGCUGAUGCUGUAAUCCCCUACGUAGGCUGACAUUCUAGUCUCACAAGAAGUUAUUUUCUCGAUUGAUUUGCUCUUGUCUGACUCGGUGAUGAAGGCCUUCCUAGGCAGAAACAUUUUGGACAUGCCAGUCUAAGAAGACACCGGAGCUGCUUUUUACCUUGCGAAUAUGGGUGUGACCACCAGGGAAAAGGAAGAUUAUUUGAAGACUGCUUUUGGAAUCAAUUAGCAUGGACCCCAGCAGUGACUACCAUUUCCUCAAUCAGAUUUUAUGGCGAAGGGUAAAACUCACAUUGGUUUGUGGCAUCUUCGAGGGUGUGCUCCAGCAUGUGGACCCUAACAAGAUUGUUGUCCUAAAAAAAGUGAAGAAUGUACAAACAGGACGAAGUGUCCCAGGAGUGAAGAUGUUUUUUGGGCAUGAGAUUGUGAAUGUGGAACUACUGGAUGAAGUGGAGCAAGAUGCAGUGAGAGAAAAGGCUUCUUCUGUUAGUCUAAAUACAGAAAGAACCAGAAUGGAUAUAAUGAAAGAUGAAAACCUAAAUGUAUUUGAGCCUGUUUCUCCUGCCCUUGAGGCACCAACUACCUCCCUGCUGAAUGACCUCAAGUACAGCCCAUCGGAGGAGGAAGAGGUGACAUACACAGUCAUUGAUCAGUUCCAGCAGAAGUUUGGUGCUGCCAUGCUUCACAUCAAGAAGCAGAGUGUCCUAAGUGUGGCAGCAGAAGGAGCUAAUGUGUGUCGUCAUGGGAAACUGUGUUGGCUUCAGGUGGCCACAAACAGCCGAGUUUACUUAUUUGACAUUUUCCUUCUGGGAAGUCGUGCUUUCAACAAUGGACUUCAGAUGAUAUUAGAAGACAAGAGAAUUUUGAAGGUUAUUCAUGAUUGUCGUUGGCUUUCUGAUUGCCUCUCUCAUCAGUACGGAAUUUUGCUGAAUAAUGUCUUCGACACACAGGUAGCAGAUGUCCUUCAAUUUUCUAUGGAAACAGGGGGCUUUCUUCCGAACUGCAUCAGUACGUUGCAAGAGAGUUUAGUCAGACACCUUAAAGUAGCCCCUAAGUGUCUCUCCUUUCUAGAAGAGAGACAAAAACUAAUUCAGGAAAAUCCAGAACUGUGGUUCACACGACCUCUUUCACCCUCUUUGCUAAAAAUGUUGGCCCUGGAAGCUACCUAUCUGCUCCCCCUUCGCUUGGUACUUCUGGAUGAAAUGAUGUCUGACCUAACCACCCUGGUGGAUGGGUACCUAAACACUUACAGAGAGGGCUCUGCAGAUCGGCUUGGAGGUACAGAGCCUACAUGUAUGGAGCUGCCAGAGGAACUGCUUCAACUCAAGGACUUUCAGAAACAGCGCAGAGAGAGAGCUGUAAACGAAUAUAGGGUGAAUACACAGGGACUCUUAAUAAGGACAGUAGUACAUCCAAAGAAAUUAGUGACAGAAACAGCAGGAAAAGAAGGAAAAGUCAGAGGUUUCUUAUUUUGUAAAAAUUCUAGGACAGAUAAAUCUCCAAGUUUUACAUCUCAUGAAUAUCUUGAGGAUAUGAAUUUUCUGAAAGAAGGAUAUAAGAGUAAACAAACUGCAGAACUUCAACAUCUACUUCCCAGAACCGGAGGGGAAGCCAGUGAGGAUUCCAGCAACAAAUUCAUUUGCCUGGAAUCAAAGGGGUCAGAGGACCAGAAAAUAACUCAAAAAGAAAAUUUCACAAUACCCCAACCUGAGUUGCAGGCAAGUUUAUCUUUGAAAGAGGAGAUAGAACAGUUAUUAAUGGUGGAAAACAAGGAAGAUUUAAAAUGUUCAAAACAGGAUGUUUCAGUGUCUCCUUCUGUUGUUCAGGAAACCACAGUAUUUCCAAGUGAUGCCUUUCAUCCUUUAAGAAGAACUGUGCUUUCCACACUUCCUCCCUGUCCAGCCUUGGAGAAGACUGAUCCCUGGAUAAAGCCUUCUCUAAAUGAGGCUUAGUGAUUUGCAGUUUGUUCUUAAGGCUACAAAGGUAGCCCGUUUCCCCUGCCAUCAGGACCUUCCACAGUACUUAAGUUUCUCACGUUGUAAAUUUAGUAAUGCAUCAGUCACAGGCUUCGGGGAAGUUUAUAUCUCCUUGCUUACUCCUGCAUUCCUGGUAUUUGGAUUAGAGUGGGAAUGAAUAAAUUAAACGGAAGAAGUAAAAUUUCUGAUUAUGCUAUGGUGCAGAAAUGUUCCCAGUGGCCAGAGUAAAUUAUUUCUUAUAAUUUGGGCUUAGAGGAUUUGAAGAAAGGAACAAUCUUGGGUUUAGUAUCAGGAAGAAUCCAUAAUUUCAAAAUUUGGGUUUUUCUUUUUCUUUUAUUUUGGCUUUUAGAUUGGUUUAAAAGGACUUGAUAAAACUAUUAGUCAUAAGUUUUUUAAAAAGUUUUACCUGGCUCGGCGCCCAUACCGCAGUGGUUAUGGCACCAGCCACAUGCACUGAGGCUGGCAGUUCAAACCCAGCCCGGGCCAGCUAAACAACAAUGACAACUGCAACAAAAAAAUAGCUGGGCAUUGUGACAGGUAACUGUAGUCCCAGCUACUUGGGAGGCUGAGGCAAGAGAAUGGCUUAAGCCCAAGAGUUUGAGGUUGCUAUGAGCUGUCACUCCACAGCACUCUCCUGAGGAUGACAUAGUGAAAUUCUGUCUCAAAAGAAAAAAAAAAAGUUGGUACCUGACA